AUGGAAGUGAGAGCGGUGGAAAAAGGUCCUUCAGUUCGGACGAAAGGGCAAGUUAAGCCUGAGCUUAUUGGGCCUUACCGUGUCUUAAAGCGUGUCAGACCUGUUUCAUACCAAUUAGAUAUACCACCGGAGCUGGAUCGAAUUCAUGAUGUGUUUCAUGUCUCGAUGCUGAGACGGUAUCGGUCGGAUCCGUCACAUAUUGCUAUUGUCGAUGAGAUCGAACUGCGACUGGAUUUAACAUUCGAAGAAGAACCUUUCCAUAUCUUGGAACGUGAUGUUCAGGUGCUCAGAAAGAAAACUGUUCCUUUAGUAAAAGUUCUAUGGCAGAAUCAUGGUACUGAGGAAGCCAUGUAG